AUGAUGGCUGAUAGCUUCCUCAGCCCCAACCCCACACAGCCGGACUCUCGGUCACGGGCGGUUAGCGACGCCGAUACCAUUCUCCCCGAUGGAACCAAUCCUUUCUUGACUCCAUCCGGCACUACGGCUGCUCCCAGUGCAGCACCCAGCUUUGUUCUCGAGGAUCCAAACUCCGCUCUGCACCCGGACCCUGGCACUGAGCAUGAUUUUCGCGUCGACAACAACCCAUUUGCUUUCUCUCCUGGUCAGCUCAACAAGCUGCUCAACCCGAAGUCCCUUUCAGCGUUCCGGGCCCUUGGAGGUCUCCAUGGCAUCGCCCGAGGCAUCCAAACUGAUGUAUGCAGCGGUCUUAGCGUCGAUGAGACGGGUGUGAAAUCGACAAUUACUUUCAACGAAGCCGUGGACUCUUCACUAGAUUCCAAGCCAUCGACACCACCCGAGAGGCAUGUCUCUUCGUCAUCGUCACCCUUCGCUGAUCGCACGCGCGUCUACGGUCGCAAUGUCCUUCCCCCGAAGAAGGGCAAGUCUAUCUGGCAGCUCAUGUAUGUUGAGCUGAGCGAAAAGGUCAUCAUUCUCUUGACCGUCGCUGGUAUCAUUUCUCUCGCUCUCGGUCUGUACGAAACACUUGGCGUGGAGAGACCUGCUGGAGCACCCGCUUCUGUCGAUUGGGUCGAAGGCGUCGCUAUUUGCGCCGCUGUCAUCAUCGUCGUCGUCGUCGGCUCCCAUAACAACUGGCAGAAAGAGAAGGCGUUUGUUCGUUUGAACACCAAGAAGGACGACCGCCUAGUCAAGGUUAUUCGCUCCGGAAGAUCUGUUAUGAUCAAUGUCAACGAAAUCCUCGUGGGGGAAGUUCUACAUCUUGAGCCUGGCGACAUGGUACCCACGGACGGCAUCCUGAUUGAAGGUCAAGACGUUAAAUGCGAUGAAUCUUCGGCUACAGGCGAAUCCGACGUCCUCAAGAAGACUGGGGGCGACCAAGUCAUGAAACUGCUGAAUACAAAGCACAACAACUUGGAUGACCUCGAUCCGUUUAUCAUUUCUGGCUCCAAAGUUCUAGAGGGUAUCGGCACCUACGUUUGUACGUCCGUAGGAGUUCACAGCAGCUUCGGCAAGAUCAUGAUGUCUGUACGGUACGAUGUUGAAGCCACUCCUUUACAAAAGAAACUCGAAGGCCUGGCGGUUGCCAUCGCCAAGCUUGGUGGCGGCGCAUCUGCUCUCAUGUUCUUCAUUCUGCUUUUCCGUUUCGUUGCGGAUCUCCCGAAUGAUCCCCGACCCCCGGCCGACAAGGCGUCGACUUUUAUGGACCUGCUUGUCGUUGCUAUUGCUAUCAUUGCCGUGGCGGUACCUGAGGGACUGCCGCUAGCAGUGACUCUUGCACUGGCGUUUGCUACCACGAAGUUGUUGAAGGAGAACAACCUGGUCCGCGUACUGCGUGCUUGUGAGACGAUGGGUAAUGCUACGACCAUUUGCUCUGACAAGACAGGCACACUGACAACGAAUAAGAUGACCGUCGUGGCCGGCACAUUCGCAAACACAAGCUUCACAGCUCUUUCACAAUCCGAGAAUGAGAAAACACCCAACGCUGUUCCUGUAGCAACAUGGGCCGCCAAUAUCCCUGAAGCAACCAAGAAACUUGUGGUCCAGUCUGUGGCUAUCAAUUCUACCGCCUUUGAAGGUGAAGAAGACGGCCAAGCGACUUUCAUUGGGUCCAAGACGGAAACCGCCCUGCUUUCUCUCGCCAAAGACCAUCUCGGCUUACAAUCACUCGCCGAGGCCCGCGCCAAUGAGCAAGUCGUUCAGAUGUUGCCAUUUGACUCCAGCAGGAAGUGCAUGGCUGCUGUCAUCGAGCUUCGGGAUCCCACCAGAGGUUAUCGUCUGCUGGUCAAAGGUGCCUCUGAAAUCUUACUUGGUUACUGUUCGACGCAGGUAAACUUGGAGACUUUGGACGAGGAAGCCCUGGACUCGACCCAGCGUCAAGCUCUAGACACAACCAUCAACCAAUAUGCCAGCCGGUCGCUACGAACAAUCGGACUUGUGUACAAGGACUAUGCACAAUGGCCGCCUGCUGGCAUGCCGUCUGAAGAUGGUCACGUCAAGCUGGAUUCUCUGGUGUCACUUUCCAACCUUACCUUCCUCGGCAUUGUCGGUAUCCAGGACCCUGUUCGACCCGGUGUUCCCGACGCAGUUCGCAAGGCUCAACAUGCUGGGGUGACGGUUCGUAUGGUCACCGGCGAUAACGUCAUCACGGCGCAGGCAAUCGCCACGGAGUGCGGCAUCUACACUGGUGGUGAAGGAGUGAUCAUGGAAGGGCCGGUUUUCCGCAAGCUUUCCGAGCCGGACAUGAACGCUCUUCUACCCAAGCUACAGGUUCUGGCUCGCUCGUCACCGGAAGAUAAGCGAAUUCUAGUGACCAGAUUAAAAGCUCUGGGUGAGACGGUAGCAGUCACCGGCGAUGGUACCAAUGACGCCCCAGCGCUGAAGGCAGCAGAUGUUGGCUUCUCCAUGGGCAUUUCUGGAACAGAAGUCGCCAAAGAAGCGUCUGCUAUCGUCUUGAUGGAUGAUAACUUCACCUCGAUCGUAACGGCGCUGAAAUGGGGUCGCGCAGUGAACGACGCCGUACAGAAGUUCCUCCAGUUCCAAAUCACAGUCAACAUCACCGCAGUCAUGUUGGCAUUUAUCACCGCUAUGUACAGUAGCCACAUGGAGCCGGUGUUGAAGGCCGUCCAGCUGCUUUGGGUGAACCUGAUUAUGGACACUUUUGCAGCUCUUGCACUUGCCACCGAUCCUCCCACCGAAAAAAUCUUGGACCGACCACCUCAACCCAAGAGUGCUCCUCUGAUCACCAUCAACAUGUGGAAGAUGAUUAUUGGCCAAGCUAUUUUCCAACUGGUCAUCACGAUUGUGCUCUACUUCGCGGGCCCCGAGAUUCUCAACUACAACAGAAACAGCGAGGAUGAAAUGCUUCAGCUGGAUACUAUCAUCUUCAACACCUUCGUAUGGAUGCAAAUUUUCAACGAAUUCAACAAUCGCAGGCUGGACAACAAGUUCAACGUCCUUGAAGGAGUGCACCGCAACCAGUUCUUCAUCUUUAUCAACCUCUUGAUGGUCGGCCUCCAGGUCGGCAUUGUGUUCGUGGGUGGCCGUGUCUUCGAAAUCAAGGAAAGGGGCCUCAACGGGAAUCAGUGGGCCAUAUGCAUCGUCAUUGCCUUCAUGUCAAUUCCUUGGGGAGUUGUCGUGCGGAUAUUCCCCGAUAUUUGGUUCGAGAAGGUUGCCAAGUUCGUGGGCAAGCCCUUUGUGCUCGUCUACAGGUUUCUUGGGAAGGUUUUCUCUGGUAUUGGGGGCCUGUUCAAGAGAAAGCAGAAGACGAAGGAUACGGAAAGCUUCGAUGUGCCCGCCACUGUCGUUGUUGCACCGCCGGAAGAAAAGGGAACCAGGUAA